AUGGAGCCAAACAACAGAACAACAUAUACGGUAACAGAAUUCAUCAUCACAGGAUUGGAUGAUGUGCCUCACCCAAAGCUGGUUGGAGCAGCCAUUCUGUUCAUCCUCUUUCUCAUUCUGAUCGGAUGCAUCACCAACAUUUGUAUUGUAGCAUUCAACAAGCCUCUGCACACCCCCAUGUACCUUUUUAUUUGCACGCUGGCAAUGGUAGACAUCGUCUACACCAGCGGAAGCACUAUGGAACCCUUUACUAUUGCGCUGAUGGCUUAUGAUCGCCUUAUUGCAAUUUCACAUCCUCUUCGAUAUCAGACCAUCUUAACUAAGACAAGUAUAGUUUAUGAAGUGAUGAAAAUGUCUUCAUCGAAAGACAGAGGGAAAACGUUUAACACCUGUGUGUCUCACAUUAUAGUGGUGGCUUGCUUCUUUAUCCCCAAGGUGUUGUUAAUAUUGAUCACCAGGAGAUCCGAGGGCGCCUGA